AUGGCAUCCCCUGGUUCGGAGAAGUGUACGCCGAGGUCGGACGAAGACCUGGAGAGGUCUGAACCACAACUCCAGAGAAGAUUGCUGACGCCCUUCUUAUUGUCGAAGAAGGUGCCUCCAAUCCCUAAAGAAGAUGAGCGGAAACCGUACCCGUAUCUGAAGACCAACCCUCUCUCACAGAUCCUAUUUUGGUGGUUGAACCCGCUGCUUCGUGUUGGUUAUAAGAGAACUUUGGACCCUAACGAUUUCUACUACCUCGAACACUCGCAAGAUAUCGAGACUACAUAUUCCAACUAUGAGAUGCACUUGGCAAGGAUAUUGGAAAAAGAUCGUGCAAAGGCUCGGGAAAAGGACCCUACAUUGACAGAUGAAGAUCUGAAGAAUAGGGAAUACCCCAAAAACGCAGUGAUAAAGGCACUGUUUUUGACGUUCAAGUGGAAGUAUCUAUGGUCAAUUUUCUUGAAGCUGCUAUCGGAUAUCGUCCUGGUGUUGAAUCCACUGUUGUCCAAGGCACUGAUCAACUUUGUCGAUGAGAAGAUGUACAACCCAGACAUGUCAGUAGGACGUGGUGUUGGUUAUGCCAUUGGUGUCACAUUUAUGCUUGGAACGUCGGGUAUACUCAUAAACCAUUUCCUGUACCUGUCUUUGACUGUUGGUGCUCAUUGCAAAGCUGUCCUGACAACGGCGAUUAUGAAUAAAUCCUUCAGGGCCAGUGCGAAAUCGAAGCAUGAAUAUCCAAGUGGAAGAGUGACGUCGCUGAUGUCGACCGACUUGGCAAGAAUAGAUUUGGCUAUUGGGUUCCAGCCGUUCGCUAUAACGGUGCCUGUGCCGAUAGGUGUUGCUAUUGCCCUGUUGAUCGUUAACAUUGGUGUCUCAGCAUUAGCGGGCAUAGCUGUGUUCCUCGUGUGUAUUGUCGUUAUCAGUGCUAGUUCGAAAUCUCUGCUGAAGAUGAGAAAGGGCGCAAACCAGUAUACAGAUGCAAGAAUCUCGUAUAUGCGUGAAAUCUUGCAAAAUAUGAGGAUCAUCAAGUUUUAUUCAUGGGAAGAUGCAUAUGAGAAAUCUGUUGUUACUGAGAGAAAUAGCGAAAUGAGCAUCAUUCUCAAGAUGCAAUCUAUCAGAAAUUUCUUGUUGGCCCUCUCCCUCUCUCUACCUGCGAUCAUCUCCAUGGUGGCCUUCCUGGUUCUUUAUGGUGUUUCCAAUGAUAAAAACCCAGGUAACAUAUUCUCAUCUAUCUCCCUGUUCAGUGUCCUUGCACAGCAGACGAUGAUGCUUCCAAUGGCUCUUGCUACAGGUGCUGAUGCAAAAAUUGGAUUGGAGAGACUCCGUCAGUACUUACAAUCUGGUGAUAUAGAGAAGGAAUAUGAAGACCAUGAAAAGCCUGGAGAUAGAGACGUGGUAUUGCCAGAUAACGUUGCAGUGGAAUUGAAUAAUGCAUCCUUUAUCUGGGAAAAGUUUGAUGAUGCUGACGACAAUGAUGGAAAUUCUGAAAAAACUAAAGAAGUUGUCGUUACCUCAAAGUCAUCUUUGACAGAUUCUUCACAUAUUGAUAAGUCCACUGAUUCCGCAGAUGGCGAGUAUAUUAAAUCUGUGUUCGAAGGGUUCAGCGACAUCAAUCUCACCAUCAAAAAGGGAGAGUUUGUCAUAAUCACUGGGCCAAUCGGUUCAGGAAAGUCCUCUCUACUUGUAGCCCUUGCAGGGUUCAUGAAGAAAACCACUGGUACAUUAGGUGUUAAUGGAACAAUGCUUCUCUGUGGCCAACCGUGGGUUCAAAAUUGUACAGUGAGGGACAACAUUCUUUUUGGACUAGAAUACGAUAAAGAUCGUUAUGAUCGGGUUGUUGAGGUAUGUGCCCUCGGUGAUGACUUGAAGAUGUUCACUGCUGGUGAUCAAACCGAAAUUGGUGAGCGUGGAAUCACACUUUCUGGUGGUCAAAAGGCAAGAAUCAAUUUAGCUAGAGCUGUGUAUGCCAACAAGGAUAUCAUCUUACUAGAUGAUGUUCUUAGUGCAGUUGAUGCCCGUGUCGGCAAACUUAUCGUUGAUGAUUGUCUCACAUCAUUCCUUGGUGAUAAAACCAGAAUUCUUGCUACGCAUCAGUUGAGUCUUAUUGAAGCUGCAGAUCGUGUCAUUUAUCUCAAUGGAGACGGCACUAUUCAUAUUGGUACAGUUCAAGAGCUGCUUGAAUCAAAUGAAGGAUUUCUCAAAUUGAUGAAGUUUUCGAAAAAAUCUGAAUCGGAAGAAGAGGAAAACGUUGAAGCUGCUAACGAGAAAGACGUAUCCCUUCAGAAGGCUGUAAGUGUGGUACAAGAGCAGGAUGCACAUGCCGGUGUGUUGAUAGGUCAAGAAGAAAGAGCUGUCAAUGGUAUUGAGUGGGAUAUCUACAAAGAAUACCUUCAUGAGGGUCGUGGUAAGUUGGGAAUUUUCGCUAUUCCAACCAUUAUAAUGCUUCUUGUUCUGGAUGUGUUCACUUCAAUCUUUGUCAAUGUUUGGCUUUCUUUCUGGAUUAGCCAUAAGUUUAAGGCUCGUUCAGAUGGGUUCUACAUUGGUCUUUACGUGAUGUUCGUCAUCCUCAGUGUCAUAUGGAUCACUGCUGAAUUCGUUGUUAUGGGUUAUUUCUCCUCCACUGCUGCAAGAAGACUAAAUCUUAAAGCCAUGAAGCGUGUCCUGCAUACCCCUAUGCACUUCCUCGAUGUCACACCAAUGGGUCGUAUUUUGAAUAGAUUCACAAAGGAUACCGAUGUGUUGGACAAUGAAAUUGGUGAGCAAGCUAGAAUGUUCCUCCAUCCAGCUGCAUAUGUCAUUGGUGUUUUGAUUCUGUGUAUCAUAUAUAUUCCUUGGUUUGCCAUUGCAAUUCCUCCGUUGGCAAUACUGUUCACAUUCAUCACAAACUUUUACAUUGCAUCAUCCCGUGAGGUUAAACGUAUUGAAGCUAUUCAAAGAUCAUUGGUUUAUAAUAACUUCAACGAGGUGCUCAACGGUUUACAGACGUUGAAAGCAUACAACGCAACAAGCAGGUUUAUGGAGAAAAACAAGAGACUGCUUAACCGUAUGAACGAAGCUUACCUUCUUGUUAUUGCCAACCAGAGAUGGAUCUCUGUCAACUUGGAUCUCGUGUCUUGUUGUUUUGUUUUCCUCAUCUCGAUGUUAUCUGUCUUUAGAGUUUUCGAUAUCAACGCAUCUUCAGUUGGUUUGGUUGUUACUAGUGUUUUGCAAAUUGGGGGUCUAAUGUCGCUAAUUAUGAGGGCUUACACCACUGUUGAGAACGAAAUGAACUCUGUGGAGAGAUUGUGCCAUUAUGCCAACAAGCUAGAACAAGAAGCACCAUAUAUUAUGAAUGAGACCAAACCUAGACCAACGUGGCCAGAACAUGGUGCGAUUGAAUUCAAACAUGCUUCCAUGAGAUAUAGAGAGGGGCUACCACUAGUUCUCAAAGAUUUGACCAUUUCUGUUAAAGGUGGUGAAAAGAUCGGUAUCUGUGGUAGAACUGGUGCUGGUAAGUCCACCAUUAUGAAUGCAUUGUACCGUUUAACGGAACUUGCAGAAGGAUCUAUCACUAUAGAUGAUGUUGAAAUUUCUCAGCUUGGUCUUUACGAUCUCAGAUCAAAGCUGGCGAUUAUUCCACAAGAUCCUGUGUUGUUUAGAGGAACUAUAAGAAAGAAUUUGGAUCCAUUUGGACAAAACGAUGAUGAAACGCUGUGGGACGCACUAAGAAGAUCUGGCUUGGUUGAAGGUUCCAUUCUCAACACCAUCAAAUCACAAAGCAAAGAUGAUCCGAAUUUCCACAAGUUCCACCUGGACCAAACAGUUGAAGAUGAAGGUGCAAACUUUUCUCUCGGAGAACGUCAGCUCAUCGCCCUUGCGCGUGCUCUGGUGCGUAACUCCAAAAUUCUCAUCUUGGACGAGGCAACUUCAAGUGUGGAUUAUGAAACUGAUUCCAAGAUCCAGAAAACCAUUUCAACGGAGUUCUCUCACUGCACAAUCUUGUGUAUUGCACAUAGAUUGAAAACGAUCUUAACCUAUGACCGUAUCCUGGUGUUGGAGAAAGGUGAAGUUGAAGAGUUCGAUACACCAAGAGAAUUGUACUCGAAGAACGGUGUAUUCAGACAGAUGUGCGAACGCUCUGAAAUCAACAGUGCUGAUUUCGUAUGA